CUGCUAUGAAGUGUCUUUGAGGUCCAGACUUGUAUCGACGGAUUGUCCUUCUGGGGAUUUUUUAAAUCUCUUUGUUCCUCUCUUUUCCUACUGAUUUGAAUUUUUGCCAUUUCAAAACCAUGUCCCAGAAACUGAUAAAUGAUGGUGCUCAAAAAGGCUUUUCUGUUGCCCGUGGCCUUUUGGCAGCUGCUGAGACUUUAAACUUUAGUGUGGGUGAGACACACUCUGAUCCCUACAGCUCCUCUUCCCAGUCCCAUAGUGGCAUGGCUGGUUUGAUUGGAGGGGAGGGAAAAGACCGGGACUCUCAGCUGCCCCACCGAGCGGGCAGCCACAUUAGCAAUACAAUAAAACUCAUCGCCAGCCUAGGUCUGUCACCAACUGACCUGGACGCCUUGGCACAGGUUCCAGAGGAGAACAUCAGCUUGGAGACCUUGCCCCAACUUAUCAUGCAACUUAAGAGCCGCAAAAUGGAAGCAGACCACCGCAUGGCUGGCGAUCUGUCAAGAUUUUCUUCAGAGACGACUUUCUACCGAGGUAGCCGAGAGGAUUGGGGUGACAUGCAGGGUGGAAGACUGGACCUUUUCAGUGGCCAGAGUCAAAGCCGUUCACAAGGUGACUUUGGUUAUAGUUCCAUGCACGAUACGUCUGAUCGAGGGUAUGACAUGUUAGAUUACGGCAGCAGUGGCAGCAGAGAGGGACAAUAUUCUGAGCUUUCCCACGACUCCUACCACAGCCUUGGCACGUCCACAUCAUCGGCAUCUGACGACAUGUUCAUGCAAAGAAGAAUGGGGGCCCCGUCCCAUGGGAAAGUGCAAGAUUUCUUGGGAGUCAUGCCCCCUAUGUUUCCCUAUGUGUGUGCCCUUUGUGAUUUUGAUGUUCACUCUGUCAUGGAAUGGACUCGGCACACAACUGGGAUUCGUCAUUCUGAAAACUGCAGACUCCUUUUGCAAAUGUACCCGGACUGGGAUCCUCACUUGCCCUCGGCUCACAUGGCGACUUCCCUUUCACUGGACACAAAAAGUCGUCAAUAUGGAUUGCUGGGAGCAGCUCCAGUGGGUGCUGGUCUACAAAGAUCAGGGAUGAGCUCCAACUGGGGGUCUGAUUCCAGUAUGGGAAUGACAAAUAAAAGUUCAUCAUAUGCAGCAGCUCCAAAGAUAAGAAGUAGAGUGGUUGUGGCAAAAUAUGACAGGAACCCACUUUCAUCAAACACACUGUUUGCUUUGGCGAAACCCUUUGGCACCGUUCAUAAGCAUAUUGUGCUGAAUCACAAGGCUUUCCUGGAGCUGCAGACACACGAGGAAGCUUUGGCCAUGGCUAAUUACUACCAGCGUAAGCCUGCCAUUUUAAAUGGGAAAGAGAUAGAGAUUUAUUUGUCAAAGGAACUGAUGGUAAUAAAGAAAUGUAGAAGGCCAAACAGAGACGCUAGACCUGUGAAGGGAGGAGACAGCCAGAACAAUCUAGCUGCGAUGGACCCAGUGGAGGAAUCCACCCUCCACCCCGCCCUGUCUCAGCAGGAAGCUUUACUGGGACGUCAGCAGGAUCAGAUCUCCGCUUCUAACCGGGCUUUGGAGAUGAUGGCGUCGCAGCUUGCCCAGCUCACCUCUGUCGUUCAACAACUCCGGCAGCCACCUGAUGCCAGUCCCAUCCGAGUGGAUCAACGUCUGGCCCUACGCCACCGCUGUUCUCCACCUACCCAGGCAGCUGACCACAAUACACAGUCCACAGUUUCAGCCAGGUCACCGGAAUCACGGUCCAACGCAGAGCCCAUGCAGAACGGGAGGGCCCGCGUUUCUCAUAAGGAGAAGCGACGACGCCUCAUUCAAGGACUCUGUUUUUAUUGUGGCCAGUCUGGUCAUGUCAAAGCUUCCUGUCCAGUAAAAGACACCGCUUGUCAGUAGGCAGGGGGUUACUGGCGAGCACAACACCCCUGGACAAAACCUUUGAAUUAUGCACUCUUCUCCCUGCCCGGCAGGAGGCGUCCCUUGGGGGGGGGGGGGGGUGUUACUGUCACGGUUCCGAUGAGUUUGUUGGUCUGUUCUGUUUGAUUUGUCAUUUCAUUCCCUCAUGUGUCUCAGGUGCAGUCGGCAUGUGUGACCACCUUUUCCAUGCCACUAAUUAGCGUGCUUGCAGUACCUGUUUCUCCACUGAUACACUACUCAUUUAAUCCCUUCAUUGUGUCAUGUUCUUUGCUAGAUUUUUGUUUGGUGUUAAAGUAACUCACCUCGCUCUGCCUAGUUGGUCCUGCUCGUGUAUCUGUUUUGGUUGCCCAUCUCUGCCCAUGUGUCGGGAGUGUGGUUACCUUCCAGUUUGCUGUGCACUUGUUCUCUGCACCCACGACUCUUCAACAGAGGAUUCUUCACGGAUCUGCUCCUGACUACCACGAUGCAUACGCUCGCCUAUGAAAACACUCUUCUCGGAGGAUUCCUCAGGGAUCUGCUCACUGCCCGGCCAUGGCGCGCACAUAUUGAUGAACACACCUAUCACCUUCUUACUGCAGUCGGUGUCGGGUUCUCCACGCUUCACCAGCCCAGUUGAUGUUAUAAUGUAUUGUUAAUACAUUUUUUGAACUGUUCCUCUGCUCUUGGGUCUCCUUGUUACAGAGUGGACAUGUAGAUGGACUCCAGUUCAAUUGCUGUCCAUUCAUUUAGCUAUGAUUCAAGACAUUUCUAGCUUUCCCCACACAUUUUUAAGUCUGCCUUCUGCAUAGAAUUUUCUUCUGUCUUCAUGGGAGCAAAAUCAGAAGUGCUGCACGCAUGCUGCUUAGAGGAAACAUUGGAAGGAAAAUGCCCAUCAAUGUAAAAAAAUAUAUAUAUAUUUGUCCCUACCAAUAAUUGUGAUAAAUUCAUACAUAUUUUGUCACUGUUGGUCAUUUAUUUUCACUUUACAAAAUUGUAACUCCUUGUUAACUUGUUGCUCUUCGUGACUGGGCAGACGGUAAAGCUCAGAUCUAACUAGUUUUAGGUUAUAGCUGUUCCCAUUUUCAUACAUCAGUGAGUAUGGACAGCUACUAAUGCCAGGAAAGCCGGAAAUGGCUAGGUUAUCACAUUUAUGAAAAAUUAUGCAUAGUAAGGAUUUCUGCCAAAAUAAUGCCAUAAGUCAAUAUUUGUUGCAUAAAAAUUUAUUAUCCUAGGUACACAUUGGUUGUUGGCAGAUAGGAUGUUUCAAGCUUGGAUUCGCCACAGGUCUAAUAUAUAUUUUGGCUGUCUCAAUUGCUUCUGCCUCUUCAUGUAAUUCCAGACUGAUUUGAUGUUCAGUGUGGGCUCUGUGGGUGCCAUGUCACCUGUUGCAGAGCUCCCUGUUCUUCUAUUCUAUUUGGAAUGUUUGGGAGUCUAAUAUGUAUAUUUCCUAUUGACACAUUAAAGCUGAAGAUAGAAAUAACCAUUUUAAGACGAAUGUUUUUGUGAAACAUCUUAUGGGCCUAAGACUUUUGUAUGGUACUGUAUCAAUUUUGUACUUUAAAUGACUCAAUUAGUCAUAUAAAGUACAUACAAGAUAGAAGAAAACACACUAGCUAUUGGAAAUAUAUAAUUAAUAUCAAUGAUUGGGUCUCUGGUGGUUAAGUCCAACUCACACCACUGUUUCUCUCCUUGUCACUCUUCUGGGAUCUGUUUAGUCUUGCUUGUGUGACUGGCACUGUAGUUCCCCGGUGCACAGGCACACACAAUUAAUAAUUAAGAAGUCCUUAGAAUGAGUGAUGUUGAUCCUACCUUUGUGUGUGUAAGACUGUAAUAGAAAAUUAUUAAGACUUUGUAUUCUGUUGUUUCUCUACUGGGUACUUUGUGUUCUCUCUGUCUGUUCUCUCCCCUGCACACUAUGUAAUGUGUGGACACUCUGUACUCUGCUUGGUGAAAAAUUGUGUGUGUCUUUUAGUUGACCCUACUCCUUAUUCUGCCCAGCAACAGCAAUUGUAUUCAGUGCAGAGAGGAGCCAGUCUGCUCCUGGCAUAGGGUAUCACUGAAACCACGCCCGGCAGAGGACACAAAGAGCUCUUUGCUCUUCAUCUAUGGAAACCUUUAAUUUCUCUAUGGUGACUGAGACUACUUCCAGGUAUUUUUAAAGAUCCAGAAAGACAUUCUGCCUUGGAAUUUCCACAACAAAGACCCAAAGCUAAUGCUCAUGUAAAUUAAUGAGCUCUCUCUAAUACAGCCAGUUAAUGUCUAGAUUGGAUGUACCAGCAUGAUCAAGACAUUAUUACUGAAGUGUAGUGGGGAGUAUUGUAUGUUUGCAGACUUUACGGUACUGUUAGAACGCUGCAGUGUGGCAGCAAUUUUGGGUUCCGCUUCACUGAAAAGCUGUUGCACUUUUCCUUUCUAAAUCUCGGAACAUUAGUAAAUUUCAGGUAAAUUUCAUGCCCAAUUGCCCCACAGGAAUUGCCUUGAAUUUGUUUAUUUAUGAAUAGAGAUUGUAAUGAUUUUUUUCUUGGCCCGUAAGAAAUGGGAGUUCAUGGCUGGUGUGGCUACAGACUGAGGAAGCUGAGCAGUGUGCAACAGUAGGGCAAUAUGUUCUGCUUCAGUAGUUUAACAAAGCAAGAGAUACUGUACAUAGGUCAUCUAGAUGCAUAAAUGUAGUUUUUUCAGCUGGUUUCAAACCAUUUCAGAGAGUCACCAUUCCUUUAAGACUGCUGGAAUACACAAGGUGUUAAGGUUUCCAUCUGAUUUAUAGGUGGUGUGUGUAAUAUAUUCAGUGUAAAAAUACUUAAUCCUAUCCCUGCUUAACAUGCCCAGCUUUAGGUUAUCAGUUUUUAGGUUGAUUCCAUGAAAAUUGUAUACACUGUCGUUGCAUUCGAAUAUCCAUACUUCUCUAUUACAGUAUAUAGUAUGCCAAAAACAGUAUGCCAAUGGAGUAGUAUGUCCCAAACCUCAGUAUUCAUAAAGCAGUAAGUGAGAAAUACCUGAAAGACCUAUUAUUUUCGGUGAGAUUCUGAAGUGCAGACCGACUGGACACUUUACUAUCCCAUUAUCCCUCGGGAGCUGAGGAGAUGUUACGUCAGAGUCCUGCACAGGUCCUGAUUUGUAAACCCGCACCCCCCUGCACCCACAGUACUUAACAGAACACCCAACCCGUUAUCUGACAGGAGCACUAAUUUAAUUCCAUAGGACCGUGACCUGAACUGCUCCCACAUUCAAAUAAAUCUACUAUAUCAGGUAGACAAAAAUGGUUUAUUUUCUCACAUCACACAAACAAUCAAUCUAACAUUAGGCACUCUUAGUUGGAGCAUUUAAGAAAAAUAGACAUAUAGCCUAACGUUGAGGUGAUAAUUAACAGAAAAAAGAUGAGAAAUAUGAACAUUAUUUGACAUUUAAAAUAAAUAGCCUUGGCUAUAUGACCCGCAGUCUGCGCAUGCCUAUACCCAUUACAUCAAAUAUUAGCGGUUCACCUGUUGAGCAAAAAAAGAAACGUCCCUUUUUCAGGACACUGUAUUUUAAAGAUAUUAUUUUCAUUUAUUGUAAAGGGUUUAAACAAUGUUUUACGUGCUUGUUCAAUGAACUAUAAACAAUUAAUGAACAUGCACCUAAGGAACGGUUGUUAAGACACUAACAGCUUACAGACGGUAAGCAAUUAAUAUCACAGUUAUAAAAACUUAGGACACUAAAGAGACCUUUCUACUGACUCUGAAAAACACCAAAAGAAAGAUGCCCAGGGUCCCUGCUCAUCUGCAUGAACGUGCCUUAGGCUGCAGAUGUGGCCAGGGCAAUAAAUUGCAAUGUCUGUACUGUGAGAUGCCUAAGACAGUGCUGCAGGAAGACAGGAAGCACAAACCCACCUUCGCUGGACCAGACAGGACUGGCAAAAAGUGCUCUUCACUGAUGAGUUGCGGUUUUGUCUCACCAGGGGUGAUGGUCGGACUCACGUUUAUCGUCAAAGGAAUGAGCGUUACACCGAAGUCUACUCUGGAGCGGGAUUGAUUUGGUGGAGGGUCCGUCAUGGUCUGGGGCGGUGUGUCACAGCAUCAUCGGACUGAGCUUGUUGUCAUUGCAGGCAAUCUCAACACUGUGCAGCACAGGGAAGACAUCCUCCUCCCUCAUGUGGUAUCCUUCCUGCAGGCUCAUCCUGACAUGACCCUCCAGCAUCACAAUGCUACCAACCAUACUGCUCGUUCUCUGCGUGAUUUCCUGCAAGACAGGAAUGUCAGUGUUCUGCCAUGGCCAGCAAAGAACCCGGAUCUCAACCCCCCCCUUAACCUACAAUUUAAAUCAUCUCCUAUAUGUUAAUAAGGUUAAAUCCCAGGAAGUCAAGAACCCAUUCACCCCCAAAUUCUCAUUGUUCAAAGGAUAAUACCAUUUGGUACACAAUGUUUAUUCUGUCUGGGUAUUUAAGGAAAGUUGGCAAGACGCUCAGGGAAUCUGUAAGCCAGAUCUCCCAUGCUUUGCCAUUGCAUGUAGUUUUGUCAGGUAUGUUUCUUUGACUUGUCUUUUAUUUUUAGAAAUGUUUAUUUAUUCUGAUCAUGUGUGAAAUUGGCUUUGAUUGAUUUUGUAACUUACAUUUUAAAUCCUACCUGGCAAAUAAAUUGUUAUUAUUUAAUUUA